AUGGAUAUUGCGUAUCAAGAAAGGCGUAUUGAUACUGAAGACCAGGUAGAUGAAGAGGUUCAGCAUCCUGUGACCUUUGGAACAGCAGGAACGUUUCGCCGCUUGAACCUCGAAACGGCGAAGCUUCCUGUUGAGCUCCGUCAAGUUCUGGGUCAUGCGCGUGCCAAUGCAGGAUUGACACGGGUAGGCAACACCUUGUACUGGAUAAGGAAGCCUCCCGCUGUGCUAAACAGCAAUAUUGCAACCGCAGUCUUCCAGCCCUGGCCAAAAGGUAGCGGAAAGGGAUGCCUUGGAGAGACUCUGAUGGCACCUGGUGAGACAAGCUCCUGCUGGAAUCUUGCUGAAAUCUUGGUGACACUGGCAGCCGGCUGUUGUGAGAAUCAAGAUCCUGAUCCUGAUCCAUCACGGAAACGCGGCACCGAACCAAGAUCCAAGUACAUGUCGUCCCUCAUCAAAUCCUUGGUGUCCACUAUGCUCACGCCAAUCUGCACCUUCGGAACAGCUACAAGAUGCUACAAGCACUUGAGCCUGGGGCAAGGCCAGCAGCAAGGCGAACAAGCUGCCGAGGACGCCAAAGAUCAGCAGCAGAAAGAGGCACCUGUGGACACUGCUCCAUUGACGAUGUUCAACUUGCCAAGGUUUUGCUUUCAUCUCCUACAAAGACCCUGCAUCGCCAGAAGCUUAGAGAACUGGGCGAAGGCUGCAACGCGGGAGCUUCAUCAGGAGAUCAAUGGGACGAUGGUCGUGGUGGAUGCAGCCAUGGCGUUGGGCAGCCCAGAGGAGGCCAUCAGGACCUCCCGGAAAUCACUCAUUUUUAGGUUAGAGCUCUUUUUGGUUAGCAAUGGAGAUAUCACCUCAAGGACUGUGCCCGGGCGACUCUUCGUGACCAAAAUCCAUCCCGAGAUCACCAAGGUCGAAUUGGAAGGUUAUUUUGGGCAGUACGGCGAACUGGAUGACGUCUAUGUGCCGGGCAAGGGAGCUCACCGCACAGCUCAACGCAUCGCUUUCGUGCAGUUCAAAGUUCCUGGGGUGUCGGGGCCCUCUGAUCUCGCGGCUCAGCGUGUUACUCAGCAGGGCUGGGAGCACUUCGUGAAACCUGGCGCCUCGGUCACGGUGGACCAGGAAGAGGCAUGGAUGAAGAUAGCAGUGUUGCGCCGUCUCCUCGCCGGGGGCUUGCUCACAAUUCUGCUUCGAGCUCUGCCAGAUACACCCGUUUUCCAACGGGAAUUGGUUGAAUUUCCUCUGCUUGGAGUUGUGCAGCUUGCGCUGCGCUACUCCUACAAGUCCAAGUUUUUUUUCUCGAGGCGACGGCAAAGCAAUGGGCAAGGGCUGGCAGGGCAUGAACUCGGCUGGCGGAUAUCAGCAGUCUAUGGGAAACAUGGUCCGGCAGGCCCAGUGGAGCAGUGCAAUCCGGCGUUUAUGGAGGAGGAAAGUUGCAUUGACCACUCCGCGUUUGGCGCGUUUUUGAAGGGUGUCGAGAUACUGGUCUUCAACUUAGACGCUCUGAUCGAGGGCUUGCAAGAACAGAUCCGGAGUUUGUCUCACCAGGUGCCGUCAGAGUUUCUCCAAGGCAUCCCUUUCCGCUACCUUUUGGCCAGGGCUGGAAGACCUUUCAAAGCGGAAGAUUCCUCUGUGGGUCGCAGGAACUUAAGGCAAUGUUUAGAUUUUGAUGCUUUCAUCAGUCAUGACUGGCAGACAUCUCAUUGGUUGAAGUAUGGCUCUCUGCUUCUGCUCUUCAAUGUGAAAGCUGCUGCGGUUGCAACAUUACUAUUUAGCACAGCGGCAGGCUUGCUUAUCCAGUACAAGGUGUUGCCUCAGACUGGUUGGGCGAUAUCCAUUGGCUACCUAGUCUUUGUGAUUUUCCUGGUUUUUUGGCAAGACAUUCGAGAUCUGUUCCUCAGGCCAAGGUUGGCGUUUCUCGACAAGCUGACUAUACCACAGGAAGACCAGAGAGCAAAAGAAACGUGCAUUCUUGGACUGGCGGGAUUCUUGAAACAUUCGAAGAAAUUGGUGAUUUUGUGGUCUGAAUCCUACAUUGACCGUGUUUGGUGUGUCUACGAGUUUGCGACGUUCAUGCGAAUUCACCGCGGAGAGAGGCCAGUGCAAGCAAUCCCUGUGGCGCUUCCCUUGUUGUUGUUGGUGCACUUUGCUUGGUGGUUUGCCGUUCGGAAUAUGAUCUUGUUCAUCGCGCUCGGGACUGGGGAUGCCCAAAAUUUCUUCCCAACGGUGUUGCUGUGCAGCAUCAGUGUUUUCGUGAUAUUUCUCUUCACCUACCCGUGUCAAUCCCUCAUUGGCAUGCGCAUGACCCAGAACUUGACGGAGCUCAACAGGAAGCUUCGCCGUUUCGAGGUUCAAGCAGCCAAAUGUUCCUGCUGUUCCAAAGGUCACAGGACGCCUGAUGGAGAGCUGAUCCCGUGUGAUCGGGAACUGAUUUAUCAGAGUUUCUCAGCGUGGUAUGAUACCAAGACCACAGAGAAUCUGACUGGACUUGACAUGUUCAAUACAGCUGUUCGACAUGAAUAUGGGACUCAGAUUUUGCAGGCCUGUGACGGUUCACAGUUGAUUCCAUUGAACCUGUUCGUCUACGUGGUCUUCAGUAUCAAUACGCCUUUCUUGAUACGCCAAAUCCCACAGGCCUUCAUAGCAGCCGAGCAGGAAGCGUCGACAUGGCAGUUCGCUCUGGCUUUCACCAACAAUUUGGCUGCAGGUUGGGCAUUUGUAUUUCCGAGUAUGCUCGUCUACCUUUGGGCAAACAAAAUCGUCUGGUCCCAGACUGGCAGGGUGCCGAUGUGCAUUAGAAUCAUCUCGGCUGCUUUGGUGGUUUGCGUGACAAUUGGAGUAGCCUUCUUGGGGCGUGUUUCUGGUAUCUUUGCACCUAAAUUGAGCUGCAUUCCCUUGGCUGUAUUCUUGUUCUUCCUGAUUCUUGGACUUUGUCUACUGCAGUGUAGAUGUUGGUCCAAAGAUGAAGUGCCAGAAGGACUACCCAUGUCUGUUAAAGCAGCGGUUGCGGACGAUGACUCGGACUCCUUUUCGAUCUGA